GUUCCAACAACAUGUAAAUGCUAUUCAUGUCAUUGAAAUCAUUUUGCGUUGGUUUAUGAAGUGCUGGUUGUAAAUGUAUUUGUAUAAAGCGCGUUUAUUUAUUUUUCAUAGCUGUUUUCCGUUCAGUAAAUGUUGAGAUUACUUGAAUUAAUGUAUUCAGAGCGCCGUAAAUCAGAUAUCUGGUUGUAUACAGAGUCUGGUCAUUGCAACCACACAGUGAUUGUGAAUCCACUCCCAAAGCAAUUCACCAGUAAAUGCUCUGAAUAUUCCUGUCAUCUUUGAACUGAAGAAGAGUUUCCAGAAGAGCAGGACAAAUUUCAAGUGUGUCAACAAUUUCUGACAUACUACUGCAAAGAUGGAUUUUAUUAAAGAGGAGAGAGAGGACAUGGGUUAUCCAGAACCACACAGAGUGAAAGAUGAAGAAACUGAGGAACAAAUAGUAGGUGGUGAUAUGCAUGAAGAAUGCGAAUCGUUGGAAAACAAAAGAACUCUUAGGAGAGAAGAGCGCUUAGGAGGGCUGUUUGAAAGCCUGAUGGAAGUAAAAGUGGAAAGUCAAGAACUGAAUGAAGAGGAGAAAUGUCACUAUCAGAUGCCUUGUGAUUCUGUAGCUGGAGAGAACUCAUUUAGUUCCUCACAGAUGGAAAUGAAUUUCUCACAACAAACAACUCAAAGAACAGAAGCCACAAAUCCAUUCACAUGUCCUCAGUGUGGAAAGAGUUUCAGACAAAAAACUACCCUUUAUACCCACAAAAGAACUCACUCUGGAGAGAAGCCUUUCACAUGCACUCAGUGUGGUAAAAGCUUCUCACGGAAAGAAAACCUUAAAAGGCACAUGAGAGUUCACACUGGAGAGAGGCCUUUCACAUGCAAUCUGUGUGGACAGAAAUUCAAAUAUUUAAAUAAUCUUCAAUAUCAUAUUCAUUCUAUGCACACUGGAGGAAAAUCAUUUACCUGUGAUCAGUGCGAUAAAAUUUUUUUCUUGGAAUCAGACCUAAACACCCACCUGAAAAUUCACAAAAUCCCCGAUUUGUGUUCUUUUUGUGGAGAGAGUUUUUCAUGCCCGUACCGUUUCAAAGAGCAUCAGAAAAUUCAUACUAGUGGGAAAGCUCAUGUGUGUCCUGAGUGUGGCGAUGCCUUUUCAGGAGCCGGCAACUUGAAGUUGCACCAAAAAGUCCAUAUUAAAGAAAAAAACUGUUCUCAAUGUGUAUAGAGUUAUACUCAUUCAGGAGUCCUGAAAAGAAAUGGAGAGAAUCCAUACCACCAGCCUUCAUGUGGGAAGAGUUUCACCACAUCAUGUACCCAAUCAACUUGUUUUUUUUUGUUGUUUUUUUUAAAAAACAUUGUGAAAAAUGUCACAGCAACCUACAGAUAAAUGAAAUAGCUCUUUGGGUAGAAAGAGUUUUUUAGUAAUGCCUUUCUUUUUUGAUGAGUAGUAGUAGUAAUAUAAAUAUACUUAUGGAAAUGUCAAUUAUUGUAAUGUCUCCUUUGUUUAAUUUUUUUACAUGUUCACUGUUGAAAGGUGCUGAUGCAUUGAAAUUUUGGAAAUGGAACAGACUAUCUUGCAUUAAAAUAUGCAGUAUUAUAGAGGCUUUACCAGUCAGUUCAUCGUACUGUGUGGAUGAAAUGAAUUUUGGUUAUUCCAGUAUUGCUAUUGCAUUUUUGCUCUGUUAAAACAAGACUAACUUGGGCAUGGUUGAAAAUUUGUCUUUUAUUGAAUCCACAAUUGUAUUGUGGAAAACCUGGAGUUAUCAGGGAAUUUCAAAAUUGUGAUUUCCAUGCCUGAAACAGUCUUUACUUAAGUCACUGUUAAAAUUCAUGAACAUUUCUGUAGUGAAUGUAAUUUGUUGUGCAUGGAGGGCAGAUGCUAUUUGCACCCAUAUUUAAAUACUAACAUACAGUAUAUGGUUUAUUUGUCAUUUAUUUCUGUGGCUCCACCAGACUAUUGGGGUGGAAAUAGCUGCCCUGUGUAGCAGAUGCUAUAUACAUUGGGGUGCAAAUAGACACUUUUUUUUUUUUUUUUUUUUUUGAGGCACAAAUAAGUUUAUUAUGUGUCUUUGUAUUAUCAAAUAAGUAUUAUGUGUAAUCUUUUAAUUCCAAGGACUGGUGGGCUAUUUGGCAUAGAACACCUCCCCAACAAUCUCAAUAAAAUGAUUUUUAAAAUGGUAAUGCUAUAAUCAUUAAUGACUUGAAAAGUUAUGGAAAGUAAUUGCUCAAAAAGCUUGGAAACCCGAUUCACAAGGCUUGCCAUGGUAUACAGUGUUACCGGCUAUACUCGGUACAAAGAGCGACACCGGUGCAAAAUUUUAAACCAGUAAAAGGGGGAAAUUAGGGAAGAAACUUAAUUGAUGACAACAGUUCCUAUAUCAAUAGCCUAACGAAUAGAAAUGCCUUUAAAAAAGUUGCCUAAAGAAGAGUUUGUAACUCAUAAAUUAACCUAUAUGAACACAAUCAAAAUUACACCGGCAGCAUAGCAUGCGCACUGACAGAAGACGUUACAUAUAAUUGACAGCAAAAAAUGUGCAAGGUCAGAGUACGGGAAGCGGUUUGUCCUGUAUUUUAGCGACUCGCACCCAAACUGCUCCCAAGUGUUUCACAAAAAGAGAGAAAUGGACAUGAAACACAGAAACCUACAGCGUAAGUUGGUGAUGUAUCCAUCUGCAGGCAUGCAUUAGUUUGAGCUAUUGGUGAGUGUGAGACACUGACUGUUGCUUAUCACGGACGCUACUUGACCGAAAUGGCUGGGGAAAAGAUCAAUGCCAAUCUGCGCAAAUCUUCUGUCAUGUUUCCCUUAAAAGCAUAAGAAUUAUAGAAUAUUUAGUCAAAAAUAUAGCAGUUAAGUUUGUGAUAACUGUUUCCUACCAUUGUGAUUCUAAAUCACCAUUAAACAUAUACAGUGAUAUGAAAAAUUAUUUGUCCCCUUCCUGAUUUCUUCUAUGUUUGUAUAU